GCUGAAGGAUUCUCCCUCCCUUCAUCCCGCCCCCCCUCUCCAUGCAUGAAUUUCAUGCACCAGUACUCUAAUCAGACUAUAAAGCAUGGAGCCUUCUGUGCAAACCAAGAUCCCAGUAUAGAUCACACUCAGGGAAAUGAGCAGAGCUGGAAUCAUUGAUUGUAAAAUGUACUUUAUUCUCACAUUUUGACAUCUCUGAAAUUGAGGUGUAUCUUACCAACAAUGGCUGUCAUGGUUUUAUUUGUAGUUUCUUUCUUUUUCAUAAAGUAAUGGUGUGUCUUGUAAUCCAUUCUGUCUGGAUUUAAUAAAACACACUAUUUGUCUGAAAAGGGAUAAAUUAGAGUAAAUCUAGCUCUGAGAUCAGGGGACAGGCAGAGAAGAGCUGAGCCAGAGUUUGAGCUGAAACAAGGCCUGGAAAUUUAAGUCAAGAAGGAAGACUGCGGUUGAUGAUGUGUGCAGUAAAAGGACAUCUGGCCUCUGGCCCUGGCACCAUGCCUGUGGGUGGCAGGUAUUUCUUCAGUGCUUAUUGAGGUGAAUUCAAUUCAGCUCAAUUGUCCUGGAGUAGUCAGAGCUGGAGCCAGAUACUUGAGAAAGCUGACAGACUGGUGUGGGCAGUGCCAGGUCUGGAAAUCAGCCCUCUGAUAAUAUAGUUGGAUCAUAUAUUUAGCAGAGCUGUCUGACCUUUGUUCCUUUGGGGACUGAGGAGGAAAACCAAAAUUUGUGUCAUCUGUACUAUCUUUCACCCUUAUGCUUUCGCUUGAUAGUAAAUAUAGCUCUUUUUAUGUUCUGUGGUAUGUCUGGAGGCCUGGAGGGAGAUAACAAACAAAGAAAAAGGACUGUGUCUCUUAAGAUAGUGCCAAAGGAAGCAGAGAAGCCUCCAGGGGGUGGCAGCACUGAUUUAGGGGCCUGGAGAUUAGGAAGGGAACAUGGAACCACAGAGACUUAUUGCCGAGACCUUCAUCCUUUCACAGCCAGAACAUGGGGGGUGGGGGCCUGAGGGGCAGUGGAAUGGCGGUAACAGUGGAGCCUGCAUCUGCCUUCCCUGCACAACCCCACCAAAAUGGCUGCUUUUGGACACACAUUCCCCUUCUAUCCUGGCCCCAAGCCAACCUUCCCAAUGGACACCACCUUGGCCAUCAUCAUCACCAUCUUUCUUACUGCACUUGUCACUUUCAUCAUCAUCCUGCCUGGCAUUCGGGGCAAAAUGUUCUGAGUGGUCUGUGGGCCAGGUCAGCACCAACACUUCCUACAAGGCCUUCAGUUCCCAGUGGAUCAGCGCUGAUGUGGGGCUCCAUGUUGGGCUGGGAGGCGUCAACAUCACCCUCACAGGGACCCCAGUGCAGCAGCUGAAUGAGACUAUCAAUUACAACGAGGAGUUCACCUGGCGCCUAGGGGCGAGGUAUGCUGAGGAGUAUGCAAGAGCGCUGGAGAAGGGACUGCCGGAUCCUGUGCUCUACCUGGCUGAGAAGUUCACCCCGACCAGUCCAUGUGGCCUGCAUGGCCAGUACCGCCUGGCGGGACACUACACCUCGGCUAUUCUGUGGGUGGCAUUCCUCUGCUGGCUGCUGGCCAACGUGAUGCUGUCCAUACCUGUGCUGGUGUACGGUUGCCACAUGCUGCUUGCCACGGGCAUCUUCCAGCUGUUGGGACUGAUCUUUUUCUCCAUGGCCACACCGCUCAUCCCACCCUGUCCUCUGCGCAUGGGCACUGCUGUGCUGCACUUCCACCGUGGACCUGCCUUCUGGAUCACGCUGGCCACAGGAUUGCUUUGUGUGCUGCUGGGCCUGGCCAUGGUGGUGGCCCACAGGACGAAGCCCCACAGACUGAAGGCUUUCUUCAAUCAGAGUGCAGGGGAGAACCCUGGGCUGGAGUGGAAUCCUGAAGAAGGGGGACUCCUGAGCCCCCGCUACCGGUCCACCGCUGAGAGUCCUGAGUCCCAGGACAUUCCUCUGUCAGAGGCUUCCCCCCAGGCAUGCUGUAAGGAGGAGCCACCCAGAAUGACCGACCCUGCCCUAUGAGGUUCCUAUCCAUGGUGGCCACCCAGACUUCCCACGUGAUUCCAGACCUCCUGUGAGCCCCCCUAACCUCCCUCCAGAAGGGCCCAUAGAAUGGGUUGUAUCAGCCCUCCAGCUCCGGUCUGUAGGUGGAGUCAAAAAAGGAGAUUCUAUCAAUGUUGACAAAAGAAUAGAAAGGACCUAAGGUGCUGAACAGAUAGUGGAACUGCCCAUAAACCUUGUCACCUGGUAAGACCAAAUGUUUCCACACAACAACCCUGCCUUUUUUUUUUUUUAAUGCUUUGCCUGUUCCAGAUUCCAUUUAUUGAAACCUAGCAUCACCCCCAUAAUGAUAUGGUGCAGGGCGCAGUUACGGUGUGAUUCUGUGGUCCCUCUCAUCCCUCUGCACCUGCACCUCUUUUUUUUUCUUUUUUUUUUCUUCCUGGGUCCUCUUUGUUCUUCCUUUACUUCCCCAGCUUGUGUGACCUCUUGGUACAAUGAAAGAGACUUGGAGAGAGAGGAAACCAAACUUCAUACCCUAGGCCUAAUAUUAACCAACUGUGCCACAUUCUCUUUGAGUUUCAGUUCUCAAUUUUGCUAAAUAAAAUUGUAAGACUUGCCAAGGACCUUU